AUGCCGACAGCCACCUAUCCACCCAUAUUUGUGGUCAGUCCACCGUUACUGGUCUACGCGAAACCGGACGAGCCCCUUAUUCUGCCAUGUCACGUGGACGCGAUGCCAGCACCAAACUAUCAAUGGUUAGUGGACGGAAAAGAGGCCAAUUGGAUUAAACCAUUCUAUCACGUGAACACAUUGGCACCCGUGUCACAUUCCGUCAGUCUGGAAUCCCCGUGGCCGAAUGCAUCCAGACCGGCACGUUCAGAACACACACGUUGGUAUCUGGGUCAGCUGGGUGUCACUGUGGAAUUCAAGCCGGGCGUGUAUCAGUGCACCGCGUGGAAUACCUACGGUCGUGUGAUUUCUUCCCCAAUCCACGUUCGAUUUGCCCGAUUAGGUAUCAUUCGGGACCGCCGGGAACAGCGUGUGACCGUACAUCCAGGACAACCGGUUCGCCUAAACUGCUCCGUGACUUCUAGCGAGCCGGCUGUCACUGUGCGUUGGAUGAGUCGGGCGGAAGAUGGCCUAACAGAGUUCGUACGGGAGAAUCGAACGCGGGCCACGGAUGAUGAUGGAAACCUAUACCUCCUUGAACCGUUUUUUGUCAAGACGCAAAUAUUCGUGUGCGCUGUGAACAAUCCGAUCUUGCGCACAAUCAAAACCGGGCCAGAUAUUCACGUCCUGUACAACCCAUCCUCCCCCAGAGACGAUCGUGAGUGGAUCGGAACACGCCGACCGCGGCUAGUCUAUCAUUCUCCUCGGGAGCCCAUAGCGUUGGUCAAUCACUCGCUCACAUUGCGCUGUCUGAUUGCCGGACAUCCACCACCCAAUAUCGUCUGGGAGUGGGAUGAGACGGAACACGGGCGACAGAAACCACAACCGAAACAACAAUCGGAACAACAAACCUCAUCGGGUUGGAAAAGUGGACGUGCAUUUCGUGACGUGAAUCAGCUUCCCAAAGCGUUGGGCAUACAGGUGCGCCACGACGGGACACAAUUGUUCAUUCCAUCGGUGAAACUGAGCAACGCGGGUACGUAUCGUUGUUCGGCCAAGGUGCAUCGUGGUUCCGAACCGGCCACUUUGAUACCAAUGAUCAGUUUCAAAGUGACUAUUGAAGGUGAACCAAAGUUUGCUCAUCAGCCGGAGAAUACGAUCGUCCCCGUUUUCGGUACUGCUGUCAUGCAAUGCGCCGUGGACGAGGAGGCCACAAAACCCCCGGCACAGGUUAUGUGGUUGUUGAAUGGCGGCACCAUCGAUCAGUAUUUGGACGGCCAUCGAAAACUAAGGCGAUUUGAUAAAUAUCAGCCACGAAAUGUCAAGUACAAGGAGAAUAUCAUUCUCCAAGCCGCCCUUUCUAUCGAUCCUUCCUCCAUCCGAGCCAUCCAAUAG